UAGAGGAGAAUGGCUGCUGAGAACACCUCCUCAGUGACAGAGUUCAUCCUCCAAGGCUUAACAGACCAGCCAGGACUCCAAGUCCCUCUCUUUUACCUGUUUCUAAAUUUUUAUGUGGUCACAGUCCUGGGGAACCUGGGCUUGAUAACUCUGAUAGGGCUGAACUCUCACCUGCAUAUUCCCAUGUACUUUUUCCUCCUCAACUUGUCUUUCAUAGAUUUUAGUUACUCCACUACUCUUACCCCUAAAAUGCUGAUGGGUUUUGUCUUAAAGAAGGACACCAUUUCCUAUAUAGGGUGUAUGAUUCAAUUUUUUUUCUUCUGUUUCUUUGUUUUUUCUGAAUCCUAUAUCCUGCCAGCGAUGGCAUAUGAUCGCUAUGUUGCCAUCUGUAAGCCACUAUUGUACACGAUCAUCAUGUCUCCCCAGCUGUGUUUACUCCUUCUGUUGGGUGUCUAUGGGAUGGGGGGUUUGGGGGCUGUGGCCCAUAUGGGAAACCUGAUCCUUAUGACCUUUUGUGCAGACAACUGCAUCAAUCACUAUAUCUGUGACAUCAUUCCACUCCUUGAGCUGUCCUGCAGUAGCUCUUACAUACAUUUGUCAGUGGUCUUUAUUGUUGUGGCCAUUGGCAUUGGAGUUCCCAUUGUUACUCUUUUUAUAUCCUAUGGUUUCAUUCUUUCCAGCAUUCUCCACAUUAGCUCCACUGAGGGUAGAUCCAAGGCCUUUAGUACCUGCAGUUGCCACUUAAUUGUGGUAUCUCUUUUCUUUGGAUCUGGAGCUUUUAUGUAUCUCAGACCACCUUCUAUUUUGCCCCUGGACCAGGGAAAAGUGUCUUCUAUUUUCUAUACUGCUGUGGUGCCAAUGCUCAAUCCAUUAAUCUAUAGCCUGAGGAAUAAGGAUGUCAAAAUUACCCUGAGGAAAACCUUGAGCAGGAAAAUCUUCUCUUGA